UGGAGCACAUGUUUAUGAAACAAGGCGCCGAGGCGAAGGUUUCUGUCUGUGAUUUCUACGGAAAACCAUGCAUUGUUAAGGAAAGAUUCCCGAAAGCUUAUAGACAUCCUAGUCUAGACAAAACGCUAACGCUUCGGCGGAUAAAAGCGGAAGUGCGAGCUAUAAUGCGAUGUCGACUGCAGGGUAUAAAUGUGCCAGCUCUGUAUUUUGUCGACCUGGAGAGAAGCUGUAUCUACAUGGAGUGGGUUAAGAACAGUCGCAGUGUGAGGGACUACAUAGACAAGGUUCAAGGGCAGGGGGACGCGAUGGACAGUCGAUUAAAGCAGUUGGCUACCUCCAUCGGACAUGUCCUGGGCAGGAUGCACACGCACAACAUAAUCCACGGUGACUUGACCACGUCCAACAUGCUUCUGCAAGGGAGUUUGGAUGAAUACAAGUUAUGGCUGAUUGACUUUGGGCUGAGUGAUAUAGAGGCAGCCGCAGAGGACAAAGGCGUUGAUCUGUAUGUACUGGAGAGAGCCAUCCUCAGCUCUCAUCCCAAAACACGGGAAUUCUUUGAGGAUAUCCUCUCUGCGUACAGGACUGCCAAUAAAGGCGGGGCAGAUGCUGUGAUUGACAAGUUGGAGGAGGUCCGCCUUCGUGGCAGGAAGAGGACUAUGGUGGGCUGAGCUAAUGCCAACCUCUUCAGCCUCAGAUGGCUGCAAUAUUUCUGACGAGGCAUUAAGCCAUGAUCAUCCAUAUAGUCAUUUUUUUUAGUAAAAACAGAAGACAUGAAGUGUGGGUGAUAAGUGAGCAUAAUGCUGGACUCAUCCUAACACAUGCAUUUAGGAAAUCGAACUUCAGUCUGGAGAAUGAAGUUAAUGGCACGCCAUAAUGUCCAUCCUAGGUUUCUUGCAUGUGUACAUGAAGUCUUUAUGAUUCAGACUGGCAGUUACCUACAGGUAUGUCUAUUACUGGUUGACAAGAAGUGAAAACUGAAUAUUGCAUUAGGCAUCAAUCAAAUCAAAUAUUGAAGUGACUGACAGUGUUUUCUAGAUGCUGGCAUUGUUCCAACAAUCGGAGAGUCCUUGGUGACAGAGUGGCCGAGAUCACUGUGCUCAAGUCCGCUAGAAAUGGAGAACCUGUUAUAAUGAUUAUACCAUUUGCUGUUGGGUGUUGAACCCUGGGUUACAUUGCUGUAGAAAAUGUUUCCAGAAUAAAAUCAGGUAAAUUAAUAAAAAAAUUAUACAGAAAAUUACAAA